AUGGAAAUGCUAGUCCCUGUGUCGAACAACAUGUCGAUGUUCCUCGAAUCAACUCUUACCGUAACUCUCGGACAAGGACAAGACCAUUUUUAUGAUUUAGAAAUGGAAAAUUAUGUUCCUGAUGUAAGGGCAACAUCUAAUUUUUCCCAUAAAUGUAAGAUUAUAUCAAAAAAAAUAGACCAAGGGGACGUAUGUGGAGCUCUUAAAUUAGCCUCAUCUAAUGAUAAAUUGGCUCCAUUUGAUGAACAUACUUUUACUUUACUAAAAGAAUUGCACCCUCAGGCUUUUCCUGAAGAUCUUCCCAUCCCUAUAAAAUCUAAUUUAAUCGAAAUAGGUAAAGAAGAACUUAUUAAAACAAUUUUAUCUUUUAAUAAAAACUCUACAGGGGGAAUUGACGGUUUUCGCCCCUCUUAUUUCCAAUUUUUAAUUAACCCUAAAAAUCCUCAUAAAGAUACAUUUGUAAAUUCAUUGGUAAUACUUAGUGAAAAUAUAUUGAACAAUGAUUUACCCAGUCAAAUUCACCAAAUCCUUUUUGGCGCAAGAUUAAUUGCUUUUACUAAGCCUGAUGGUGGAGUUCGGCCAAUCGCAAUAGGGUCUUUUUUUAGGAGACUAUUAGCUAAGAUAAUCGUUGAGCGCUUCAAACCUGAUGCUUCAAAAAUGUUCCAAACAUAUCAACUAGGCUUUGGUACUAAAGGGGGAUGCGAAAUAGCCGCUCACUCUCUUCGCAUAUAUAUCGAAGAUCCUCCUCCAGACGCCGUAGUCUGUAAGCUUGAUUUUAAAAAUGCUUUUAAUUCUUUAUCCAGAAAAACAUUUUUAAACAUUUUUUAUGAAAAAUUCCCAUUUUAUGCAAGAUUUAUUGAACAGUCUUAUGGCUGUAGAACCCCUCUCAAAUUCGGGGAAUAUACAAUUCCUUCUGACGAGGGUAUUCAACAAGGAGACCCUUUGGGCCCUCUCAUCUUUAGUUUAGAUUUAAACAUAUGGUAUCUAGAUGAUGGUACCAUUUGCGGACCUUCUAAAAAUAUUCUUGCAGCGAUAGAUUAUAUAGAGAAAAAUUCUCUAAACAUAGGCCUUACUCUAAAUAAAGCUAAAUCGGAAAUAUGCUUUUUAAAUUCAAAUACUCUCAAAGUCCAAGGAAGUUUAUUAGAAAAUAUUUUAAAUAUUAAAUUGGAAGAUUUUAAUUGGGGCUUCUCACAAUUACCCUCGAAAAUGGGUGGUUUAGAUUUAUAUCCUUUAAACCUUCUAUCUCUUUCCUCAUUUUUGGCAUCGCGUUUGAUGAAUAACGCCAUGAUAUCUUCUUUUAUCUCUCCUAAAGAUAACCUUUUAAACUCAGCCUUGACAGCCUGGACAUCUUUAGCUCCACCUGAAGCUGUCUUACCCACGAUCUUAACACACCAAUCUCUUUUCGAACCUUUAAUUAAAAAAUUUUUUAAAAUAAUCUCAUCAAACCCCCCUUUGGAGUAUAUUCAACUAUUACAGAAUGCUGACUGUACUAGUGGCUAUGAAUGGUUGGAAGCAUUACCAAGUCGUAACCUAGGUAACCUCUUAUCAGAUGAACAAUUAAGAGUUGCCAUAGGCCAUCGACUUGGAUGUAACAUUGUUCAACCACAUACAUGCAUCAAAUGUAAAACAUUAGUUGACUCCAAAGGGAGACAUGGUCUAAAUUGUAUAUAUAGUCAAGGCAGGCAUGCAAGGCAUGCAGCAAUUAAUUUAGCUAUUAGCCGUUCUCUUACCAGGGCCCGAAUACCAAACAUCCUGGAGCCUACAAAUUUAUCGUUAGAUGAUGGCUUAAGACCAGAUGGUUUAACUUCCGUGCCUUGGUCUUUAGGGAAAUCCUUAAUUUGGGACUUCACAUGCGUAUCUUCUUUCCCAAAAAAUUUAUUCUAA